UGUGAGAUGUUUGUGCGUCUUGAGCUCAGAGUGUCCUGUGGGACAGAGCAGCAGCAGACGUAGCCUACCUAGAAACAGUGAAAAAAGUAGAGCCAUGUAAUAUUUAUGGAUCCAGAGUUGUGCGGGUGCCUCGGGUAAACGAAGUCGAUUGACGCGCGCGUUAAACCAGCCGCAUGUGAUUUCUCAGUCAUUUUGGCAGCACGAUGCGAGAGAGAGAGACAGACACGGAGCUGUGAAACUGGACCCGCUGCCAGAGAUGUCGACGGAGAGGAAUCCCUGAAACCGCGCCGCUGCCCAGGAAAUAUGGACAAUUCUUGUUUUAUGUGCGAGUGCGGGCUGUUUUUUUUUUUUUCCCUGUCGGUUUUUCGCACAUCGCUACAGAGUAGGCUAUAGUGGACCAGGAUGCCGUGUGGGCGAUGCUGCCACAAGGGAUACAUUGUGAUUUCGCCGAGAUGUUUUAGCAACCGUUGCAUAUAUUAAAAUAAGAAAAAGCCCGUCACAUGAGGGAUUGGAGUCCAAAGGGAUCUAAUAAGACAUCACCACCUGUUACUAGAAAAUCAGCACGACUACCGAUCAGGGACCGCUGAGAGUGAAACCUCACUACGCGGUAGCCUCAUCCUGCUCUUCGACACCCACAGCCAGCCAGGAGAGGUGACGGCACUGCUCUCCAAGUCCGACAGCCAUGAUCCGGGGAGGCCCUCUGCUGCGGCUUAGAUCAGGGAUCAACUCACCGCUUGAUGGCUAGAUCUCACCGUACAAAGCACUGGGGGCCUUUCUACUGAGUAUCCCUCACUGCGUAGUAGCACAUGGAUUUCAAGACUUCAAAUGAAGAGCUGCAGGCGGAGGCUCAUUUCUUCACAUUCCUAAUUACGGGCGCAAGAUAAUAUGCUCCAUAAACUGAAGUUUGACCUGCAGUUGAGAUACUCGAGCUAAGAAUAGCGACCGUGCAUCUGUCUUGUUAACUGAUGAGCGGCGGAUCCCAGGUGACAAGGACGCUGACACUGGUGUCUUUUUAUUUUCUAUUAGCAGUCUUGUCAGGUGAAGGUGCGUCUUUUAUUCAGACCUUUUUAAGUCAAGGACAGGACAGGCAUUGCAAUUAGCCAGGGAGGUGGAAGGAUACGCAGAAUGCAAAUUUAUGCGGAUUAGCACGUUUUUAAAUGGAUCAUUGGAAACAGUUGCUUAUGUGAAGCAGGGAAAUUCAAAUGUGGAGGGCGAGCUUGGUUCCAGCCACUUAAUUUCACAGGUUCUUAAUUUGCCAUCAUCCUCAUCAGCGUUACACGUAGAACAAAUUAGAUGAUAUAAUUUUUUCUCUCAGCGUGAAUGUAUCCAAAGCAACCGACUCAUAAAAAGCUGCCUCUCGGAGGGUCUGCUCAUUGUUUGAAAACAUAAAUCAGCAGUUGUGCUAUGUGUAUAUAUAUAUAUAUAUAUAUAUAUAUAUACACAAACAUAGGACAACUGCUAUAUAUAUAGAUGUGUGUGUUUAUUAAUCAAAGUGCUGAAUAUGGUUAUUUAUUCCAACAUUAGCAUUAACAAGGAAAGUAGUAAAAUAGAAAAUAACAGACAUCACCAAAGCUCUAUAUCCUAAUUUCCAUGUUCAUCCUGCAGCGAGUAUUCUGAACAGCAUUUCAUUUCAUGGCCAGUUAAUUUAGUCAUGGAGGGAUGAUGAAUGAUUUUAUCUUUCUGACUGUUCGCAGACAAAGACUGGGAUUUAUUUGAUGCAAGAAGGUAAUGAGGAGCCGUUUAGUAUUCGACUGCACUUGGCCAAAGAUAUUCUGACCAUUCAAGAACAAGAUGUCAUCUGUGUGUCAGGAGAGCCUUUUUAUUCAAGUGAAAGGACUGUAACGAUCAGGAGGCAGACAAUUGGAGGGUUUGGCCUGAGCAUCAAGGGUGGAGCAGAGCAUAAAAUCCCUGUUGUAAUAUCAAAGAUAUCAAAAGAACAAAAAGUUGAGCUCUCUGGGCUGCUUUUCAUUGGAGACUGCAUCCUUCAGAUAAACGGAAUAAACGUUAGAAGUUAUCGCCACGAGGAAGUGGUCCAGGUUCUGAGAAAUGCUGGUGAAGAAGUGACUCUUAAUGUCUCUUUCCUAAAGAAGACUCCAGCCUUUCUGAAACUGCCCCUGUGUGAAGACUGCACAUGCAUCCCCAGCGACCAGAGUAGUGGGACCUCCUCUCCUCUGUGCGAUAGCGGCCUGCACUUAAACUACCAUCCUAACAACACGGACACGCUGUCCUGCUCGUCCUGGCCCACGUCCCCGGGGCUUCGCUGGGAGAAGAGAUGGGUGGACCUGCGCCUUAUUCCACUGCUUCACUCACGCCUGUCGCAGUACAACCCGGGCUCUGACGUCUGCAGGAUAAAUGCUUUCCAAGUCAUAGCUGUGGACGGAGUUUGCAGCGGAGUUAUACAGUUGCCCACAGCGGAGGACUGCUUGGACUGGCUUCAGGCAAUAGCCGGCAACGUUUCCGGUCUCACCAAGCACAAUGUGAAGAAGAUUAACCGAAAUUUUCCAGUUAACCAGCAGAUUAUCUACAUGGGCUGGGUCGACGAGAAGGAGCAGGACUCCGUUCAGGACCGAAUGUAUUCACCAAAGUUCCUCGCUCUGCGGGGCUCCUCACUCUUUAAGUUUUCAGCACCUCCUGUGACAACAUGGGACUGGACCAGAGCAGAGAAAAGCUUUACUGUGUACGAAAUAAUGUGCAAGAUUUUAAAGGAUAAUGACCUUCUGGACAAGAGGAAGCACUGCUUCAGCGUCCAGACGGAGAGCGGGGAGGACAUGUUUUUCAGCGUGGAACUGGAGUGCGAGCUGCUGAUCUGGGAGAAGGCUUUUCAGAUGGCCACGUUCCUGGAGGUGGAGAGGAUACAGUGUAAAACAUAUGCCUGCAUCAUGGAGAGCCACCUCAUGGGACUAACAGUGGACUUCAGCAUGGGCUUUGUCUGCUUUGAUGCAGCUUCAAAGGCUGUCCUGUGGAGAUACAAGUUCUCCCAACUUAAAGGAUCAUCUGAUGAUGGAAAAAGCAAGAUCAAGUUUUUAUUCCAAAAUCAAGACUCCAAAUCUAUUGAAGCAAAGGAGCUGGAGUUCUCAAACCUCUUCGCCGUGCUUCAUUGUAUUCACGCUUUUUUUGCUGCCAAAGUCGCUUGCCUGGACCCGAUUUUUGUGGAGAGCCAAGGCACCGCGACGACCGCCGGGUUUUCUUCCCUUUGCAGUAUGUCAUGUAAUUCACAGACACCUAAACUCAAAUACGCCACCUGACAGGGGCCGCUCUCCUCUGACUCAUUCUGAACGGAUGCUGCAUUGAAGCUGUGAAACCGUGGCCUAAAAAGGUGGACAGGUGAACUCAACAGUGAUCACAUCAUGACAUUAUUACAAAAGACCUCUUUGGGAGCGAUAUACUUGAUAUUGUGGAAGACGACUCAGACUUCUGGAAUAAUCGUGGACCUAAACAUGAACUUCUACUUUGAGAAACUUCACGAAGAGACUGUGGACACAAAAUGUGUGAUUCUAAUAUGUUUUUAAGUGAAAUUGUCCUCUUGAUCCUCCGACAUCCUUAUGCUCAACACAUCUCAAAGAAAAAUGCAGUUCUUUUCUCAAGGUAGCGUGCUUUUUUAUGUGAUUUUAUUCAAGAUUUUGGAGCCUUUUUGUUUCUCAUCAGACAGCAAAUGCCUUUAACUUCUGUGGGGAUUUGUCUGGACACUGAUAUGACGACGCUUUCUAUAUUUCAUUUUGAAUUGAACCUACAUUCGUACUUGAAUUAGCAGUACAAUUUAUUUAUGAGUCCCAACUAAAACCUCCAUGGCAACAUAAAUCUGAUUCAGAAUUUUAGAUAAGUUUAAACAGAAGUUUGCUGGCACCUUUGGUUGGAUGAAAUGAAUGCUUUAGAUGUGUGUGUGUGUGUGCGCGAAUAUACCGAGUAACCUCGUUUAUUGUUCUCUGAUUAUGACGUAAACCCACAAGCUGAGGUCAGAGGGCUGUGUAUGAAGGCGUAGUUUUUAUUGUAUGGAUGAAAAAAAUCACGGACCACACAACUAUAAUCUGACAAUACAACUCCAAACACGAUUAUAAAACAUCUUUUAGAAUGUUAAAGCAUUUUCUCCCCAAAACUUGAUUAUGUAAAUAAACACUGACAUUCAAAUGAACUCAGAGAAUUAUGAAUUAUGGCGAUUACUUGAGGGAUUACGUGUAGGGAUUAUGGCAUUUGUUAAUUUGAUGUGCACCGGAGACGACCAGGUGGAAACCUCAUAACCUGGCGCUCUCUUCAUCAUCUUCUCGACCAGAAGAAUUAUGUCUGCAUCGGUGUCUUUUGGAAUAUAUUUUUUUUAACUUCAGCUUGUAAAUAUGACAACUUUCCGUUGACUAUUAAGAAAAAAACACAGUGAAGAACCGAGAUAUGUAGCGUCGUGGCCUCCAAAGGUUCGGGAUGCCCCUUUAAACUUCUCUCUGUAUUAAACUGUUUAUAAAUGCAGCAGAGGGACAACUAACCUAUCAUACUCGAAAAGGGUUCAGGUCAAUUAGCGCAAUUAGUCAUGCUCUUACCUUCCAUUUACAAAGUAGACUCCAAACAGAAGAGGCCCAUGGGUAAGUAAACUCUAGAGGAUAGCAAAUUAAAUGGGGUCAGUGAAGUGCUCUGCACUGUGCGGCCUUGUUAAGCUGACAUGAGUGUCUGAGGGAGACUAAUGGUGGUGCAGUCUAUGCAAAGAAAGUCUGAGUGAUGCUUUUUGUGCUUUAAAAUGAUCUCUGUUGCAUACCUUUAUAUCAUAGGAUCUAGAGAGUGAGGUUUAUUUUAUUUUUUGCAGAUGUUUUAUUAACAAAUAUUCUGUGUGAUAAAUUAAUAAAUAAGACCUUU